AUGCCGCGACGUGCAACAUUGCUGUGGGUACCCGGAGCAACGCAUGACUCCGCCGCGGUUUUCCAGGGUCCCAUGACGGCCCUCGCAGACAGUGGGUACACGUCCGUGGCACUGUUCCUGGAAAAGUCGCGGUGUACAUCUCUGGGAUCCUAUGUGAGGCAGGUGGAGAGGGCGCUGCACGAUCUCGAGGAGCCUGUGAUCCUGAUCGGCCAUUCUCUCGGCGGCUCCCUCGUACAGGUUCUCUUGUCCAGAAACAAGGAUGCAGCGGCCAAAGUCAAGGGUGCCAUUCUUCUUUGUCCAGUUCCUGUUAUGAGCUUUUGCACCUACAUUUGUUUUUUCUUCUAUCUGCUGGCCAGCUUCUGCCUUGGCGUGCUCAUGGUCCUGCUAUGCCUCAACGUUGCACAGCUGGUGGGCGGUGGUUUUUGCUGUCGCAGCGCGCGACGCUGCAAAGCUAUAGGCUUUGCAGGCAACCCUACGAUCGUGACUAUUACGGGGAGUCCACAGACUUUCCAGCAAUAUCACGAAGGUAUCGCGAAGGUGGAGUCCAUUUGCUUGCUGCUGGGACUCCUGUGUUUCAGUGCUUGCCCGGGAAACACCGAGGCUGGGAGCAAGACGAUUUCAAUUGUCGCUGGUGCUGAGGACGUUCUGACACCACUCUGGUGCCAUCGGAGCACUGCUGCUGCGUGGUCAGCCGCCACAGUCUCCCUGGAUGGUCAGGGCCAUUUACUCUCCGACGAGGGCUGGGAAACCACGCUCCUGCCUGCUUUGAAAGAGCAACUUGAGGCCAUCGUCAAACUAGCCUGA